AUGCCAAAUGGGAUUCCGCAAACGGGACUUUGGCUACAGCCAUCAGUGCAGGAAUGGUUCUGGAUUCAUGUCUGCAUCGCGUUCCUCGCAAGUUCGGGAACAUACGUGCUCAUAUGGUCAACACAGUACGUUUCUCUCUGUUCUUGUCAAUCAACACCUUUGACACCUAUGUCUAUUUCCCAUUAUUAUCAUAUUCUCGUACUUGCGCCCUUCGCUGCGAAUCUACCAGAUGCACUCCCUGAUGCCGCCACAGCUGAUCGUGUGGACUCGAUUGCAAUUGCGCUCGGCACUAUCUGCGUGCAGGAUACUGACUUUCUCGUCAGGUUGUCGAUGAUAAACGAGGCGUUCAUCUAUCUCCUCAUGACACAGAACCUUCCACGGGAGACCACUCGACCAGGAAUGUUUGUACCCGUCGGUCCAUCUGGCUUUACAGUUGCUGUCAUAGUGCACCUUCGCCAUACAGCCAUACCCAAAAUCAGCGCGAAAACCCACUUUGGCAUUGGAAAUGCCAACUCUUUCUACACAUGGCAAGACGGGAUUACGGUGAUUGGAAUAGCGGAACGGGAGCAGCCGUGGUCACGGAGAGAAAGCCCGCGAAGAUACUGGUGA